GUAAUAUAUUAUAUUACAAUUAUGUAAAUAAACAUAAAACCCAGUCUAAGAGCUUCUCUCUCAUCUUGACACAGCAUAUGGCGUAUCGUGAAUAGGUGGGCGUGGAGGCACUGCUACAGUGGAGCAUGCCUCAGGUGUUGACCAAGUACUAUCCCAAGGGUCACUUUGGAGAGGACAGGAUGGGACACCCGGUCUGGUAUUACAACCUUGAUAUUAGAGGUAUUCUCAAGUCUGUUACACCAGAAGAUUUGUUGAAAUUCACGCACUAUAAUUAAGUUGGAAAAGAUUGUGAAACUUAUCAAGGAGUACUCUGAGAAGAAUGGACCCCACAUUGAGUCAGUCACCACCAUUCUAGACGUGGAAAAACUCAGUUUUCAGAGGCACUAUUACUGGCCUGGCAUUCAACUCUCAAGACAGUCGAUGGGUAUACUAGAGUCAAACUAUCCUGAGAUUCUUCAUCGAUUGGUGAUUAUCAAAGCUCCAAAAAAGUAUUCCCUCUUUUCUACAACCUCAUCAAGCCGUUCACUGACAAGAGAACCAGAGACAAGUUUGUUAUACUCUCUGACAACUGGCAGGAAGAGCUCCAGAAAUACAUCAGUCCUAACCAGCUCUCUCAACGUAUAACAAUUAGGGCUGCCAACACAACAGACAGACAGCCAUCUGGCCCCAGAGCAGGGAACACAUGCAUGUGAUUCCACAGGAACUUAUAUACUCAAGUUUGAUAAUUCCCAGAGUUGGACUCGCUCUACAAGGAAGUAUUCUACUCUAUCAAAGUGUUGCCCCCGGAUACCGACCCCCAGUCACAGGCGACCAAUCAGAUGGAGGAGAUCAGUGACACUGAGGAGUUCUUUGAUUGUGACUCAGAUUCAGAGGAGGGGCGUCUCAGAAUGAACAAUGUAGAGAAAACAUCAACUACAGUGUGAUUUGCACAAGUGAAGUGUAUUUUCAACAUUAUUUAUUUGUAUAUGCUUGUGCAUUUACAGAAUGAGAUUGCACAGCAAAAGUCACUUGUGUAAUGCAGUAAUCUGCUCCUGAUGGGCGUGGCAGUGUACUUAGACGAACAGCUAAAACACUUUCCAGAGCUUGGGCCGGCUAGGCCCUAACAUUAACACUGCAGAGUACAAGUGAACAUGAGUGGAUUCUUGGAAGACUUGACCCCUCAGCAAGCUGAGGAGUUAGGGAAGUUCAGAGCAGCAGUGGCAGACAUUCCCAACAAACCAGAGGACAAUGAUCGCUACUAUCUGAAAUGGCUCAGAGCACGAAAAUUCGAUGUGGAAAAAGCAAUAAAAAUGCUUCGAAAUCAUAUGGCGUAUCGUGAAGAGGUGGGCGUGGACGCACUGCUACAGUGGAGCAUGCCUCAGGUGAUGACCAAGUACUACCCCAAAGGUCACUUUGGAGAGGACAGGAUGGGACACCCAGUCUGGUAUUACAACCUCGGAAACCUUGAUAUCAGAGGUAUUCUCAAGUCUGUUACACAAGAAGAUUUGUUGAAAUUCACGCACUAUAUGUUGGAAAAGAUUGUGAAACUCAUCAAAGAGUACUCUGAGAAGAACGGACCCCAGAUUGAGUCAAUCACCAUUAUUCUAGACGCGGAAAAGCUCAGCUUUCAGAGGCACUAUUACUGGCCUGGCAUUCAACUCUCAAGACAGUCGAUGGGUAUACUGGAGUCAAACUAUCCUGAGAUUCUUCAUCGAUUGGUGAUUGUCAAAGCUCCAAAAGUAUUCCCUCUCUUCUACAACCUCCUCAAGCCGUUCACUGACAAGAGAACCAGAGACAAGUUUGUUAUACUCUCUGACAACUGGCAGGAAGAGCUCCAGAAGUACAUCAGUCCUGACCAGCUUCCUCAAGCCUAUGGUGGGACCAGAUGUGAGCCUGAUCCAUGGUGCUCUGAUUAUAUUAUUCAUGCAGGGGACGUACCUCCCGAGUACUUUCUGACCAAUCAGACAGAGACUGAGAGAGAGGAGAUGGACAGGGUGGUAGUGGGGAGAGGGGGCUGCUGUGAGCUAGAGUAUCAGGUUGAGUUGGAGGGAUCACUUAUCCGGUGGGAGUUUAUCAGUACUGGCUACAACAUCAGCUAUGGCCUGUUCUACAGAGAUGUCUCUUCCAAGAAGAAACCAAAACUGGAACCAGUGAUGCCAAUGAAGAAGGCAGACAGUCACGUAGUGCCUGAGGUCGGGACCUACACCUGUACUGCAGCUGGGAAAUAUGUGGUGAAGUUUGACAACUCAUACAGUUGGACUCGCUCUAAAGAGGUGUACUUUUCUAUUCAAGUGCUCCCUCCCAACACGGAGCCCUGCCUUCCUAACGUAGCAACGGGGGACGAGGCUGCCACUGUUACCAUGGAUACAGAUAAUAACAGUGACGACGAGUUUCAUGACUGUGAAAACACUUAAACUAUUAGCUGUUGGUUUUUUUUUAUUAUAACUGUUGCGUUUGUUAAAGAUUUUACUAUUUUUAA